AUGGCAAGAAGGAAGACUGCAGUUGUCCUGGUGCUUUUCAAAGCAGGGAUGGAGGAGUCCAAGAGCAUGAGAGAGCAGCUUUUAUCCCCAGCACACAUGGAAUAUACCAGGAGCAGAAACCCUCCGUGGCAGGGAACUUACCUCCAGAACACCAGCACAAGGAAAGGCAUAAGGCAGCACGUUGGGAUGAACCACCCAGCCAACUGCAGCACGCAUCUGAAUCAUAUCGUUGCGAUCCUUCAGGUGGUGCUGUAUAUACCCCUUUUCUUUCUGGGAGUGGUUUUCAAUGUUCUCGCCUUUUGGGUGUUCUGUUUUAAGCUGAAGAGGUGGACAGAGACAAGAGUGUUCAUGACCAACUUAGUCAUUGCGGACAGUUGCCUCCUCUUCAGUUUCCCCUUCAUGCUGUAUGUCCAGCUUCAACAGUGGCAGCAUGAUACUGUGUGUCUCAUCCUCGAGUCCGUGUACUUUAUAAAUAGGUUCAUGAGCAUCUCCACCAUCAUGGCCAUAGCCAUCGACCGGUACAUAGCCAUCGCCCACCCCUUGAAAGCCCCCAAAUUGAGAUCCCCCCAAAAGGCAGCUCUGUUCUGUGGACUGCUCUGGGUCCUGAUGUGCAUUUCUUUCAUCUAUCAAGAUGGUUCCAGUGUCCACGAAACAAGAUGCUUCCUAAAGACGUCCACAACCCCCUCCCUCAGGACUCUCAUCCUCUUCCUUCUAGGAUUUCUCGUGCCGUUAAUCAUCCUGAGCUUUUGCUCCAUCCACAUCAUUGUCCAUCUGAGAAGGAAGCUGAGGACACGGUUGGAGGAGCGGAGGCUGGCUCGGAAAGCCAUCCGUAUCAUUUCUGUCAACAUGAUCACGUUCGUCAUCUGCUUCCUCCCUGUGAACCUGGGUCACUUCAUUCGUUUCAUUUUGGACUCCAUCAAGGCUAGCUGUGGCAUGAUACAAAAAGCGAGCCUCUUCAUUCAAGUCAGUUCACUCGUAGCAAAUAUCAAUUGUUGCUUGGAUGUCCUUUGCUAUUACUUGGUAGCCACGGAAUUUCAAGAGGCUUCAUUGUUGAUCAACAAAUGCAAAUCUUGGUUGUCGGGAGCUAAUGAAACCCAGGAGACCAAGCUCUAG